AUGACGAUGCUGGCCGACACCAUUAACCCCAAAGACAGCACAUCAAUGGAAGACAUGAUCACAGAGUACAAGUUGGCAGCGGCUUCUCCAGCCGCCUCCCAGCUGGCGCUUCAGAAGAACACGGGCCGUGUGACCUUUGAGGACAUCGCUGUGUAUUUCUCCCAGGAAGAGUGGGGGCUCCUGGAUGAGACUCGGAGGUUCCUGUACCUUGAUGUAAGGAUGGGCAACUUUGAGCUUACCACCUCACUGGUUUGUGGGCGUGAAACAGAGGAUGGAGUGGGGCCUUCUGCACAGAGUGUUUCUGUGGAAACAGUGUCACAGGUCAAGCCCUUAAAGGCAGGUUCAUCCACCCAGAAGGCCCAGCCCUGUGAGAUCUGUGUCCCAGUUCUGAAAGACAUCCUGAAUCUGGAUGAUGUACCUAUGAUCCACACUGGAGAAAGACCUUAUGAGUACAGUGAAUGUGGGAAGUCUUUCAGCCAAAAAGCCACCCUUAUUGUACACCAGAGAGUUCAUACUGGAGAGAAACCAUAUACAUGUCAUGAAUGUGGAAAGUGUUUUAAUCAGAGUUCUAACCUCAUUGAACACUGCAGAAUUCACAGUGGAGAAAGAUCUUAUGUGUGUGGGGAAUGUGGGAAAGCUUUUGGGUGCAAAUCCAAUCUUGUUCGGCACCAGAGAACUCACACAGGAGCAAGGCCAUAUGAGUGUGCUAAAUGUGGGAAGUUCUUUAGGCAAAGUUUCAGUCUUGUUGAACACCAGAGGAUUCAUACCACAGCAAGGCCUUAUGAGUGGGGCCAGUGUGAAAAAUCCUUUAGUCAAAAAAGCACUCUUAUUAUACACCAGAGAGUUCAUACUGAAGAAAAGCCAUAUAAGUGUGGUGAAUGUGGGAAAUCCUUCAGCCAAAGCUCCCACCUCAUUGAACACUGCAGAAUUCACACUGGAGAAAGGCCUUAUGAGUGUGAGAAGUGUGAAAAAUGCUUUAGUCAAAGAGCCACCCUCAUUAGACACCAGAGAGUUCACACGGGAGAAAGGCCUUACGAAUGUGGGGAAUGUGGGAAAUUCUUUAGACAAAAUUGUAGUCUCAUUGAACACCACAGAAUUCAUAUGACAACAAAAAUUUAUGAGUGUGGCCAGUGUGGAAAAUCAUUUAGCCAAAGAGCCACUCUUAUUAGACACCAGAGAGUUCACACUGGAGAAAGACCUUAUAAGUGCAAUAUGUGUGGGAAAGCAUUUGGUUACAAAUCUAAACUUGAUCAACACCAGAGAAUUCACACUGGAGAAAAGCCAUAUGAGUGUGCUGAAUGUGGGACAUUCUUCAGCCGAAGAGCUGCCUUCAUUAAACACCAGAAAGUUCACACUGGAGAAAAGCCUUACAAAUGUAGUGAAUGUGAGAAAACCUUUAGCUGAAGCACCAGUCUUAUUCAACACUGCAGAAUUCACACUGGGGAAAGGCCAUAUGAGUGUGGCCAAUGUGGGAAAUCUUUUAGGCAAAAGUCUGUCCUCAUUGAACCUCAGGUGUUUCACACUGGAGAAAGGCCCUAUGAAUGCAGCAAAUGUAGAAAAUCCUUUCGCCAACUCUCUAGCUUCUUUCAACACCGAAAGUGUCACCAUGGAGAGGCCUCAUGA